AUGACUGAAAUAGCCAAUAAAAGAUCAAGAGUAGUUAGAGGAAAUGGUAAAAAUAAGAAACAACAAGAUAAUUUUAAUCAUGAAGGUUCAGAAGAAUGUGUAAUUUGUGCUGAACAACUCAUAUAUGCAGCUUUAACAAAUUGUAAUCAUAAAACAUGUCAUAAAUGUACUUUUCGACAACGGGCUUUAUAUGAAAAAGACAUAUGUUUGAUAUGUAGAUCCGAAAAUGAGUCAAUUAUAAUCACCAAUGAAUUGAAUAAAGAAUAUGACUUUUUUAAAGCUUCAGGCACUGUUACAUUCAACGAAAAAUAUAAAAUUGGAUUUACUCAAGAUUAUAUAUUAAAUGACACAUUAGCAUUGCUAGAUAAUAAAUGUAUUAUAUGUUCAGAAACAUUUCCCAAUUUCAAAGCAUUACAAGAUCAUGUUAAAGAAGCCCAUGGGAAAUAUUUUUGCUUGAUUUGUUUCAAGAAUAAAAAAGUAUUCAUUUCAGAACUUGAAUUAUUCAAUUAUAAACAAUUGAUAAAACACCAGACUCAAGGAGACUCAUUGGGUUUUAAAGGACAUCCAGAAUGUAAAUAUUGCUAUAAUAAGAGGUUUUAUUCUGAAGAUGAGUUAAAUAUUCAUAUUAGAGAUAAACACGAAAGAUGUCAUAUUUGUAAAAAUAAAGAUAAUUAUUAUAAAAAUUAUGAUUCUUUAUAUUUACAUUUCAGUAGGGAUCAUUAUGUUUGUACUUAUCCAGAAUGUGUCGAGAAAAGAUUUGUUGUAUUUGGCGAAGAUAUAGAUUUAACUGCUCAUUUAUUAAAAGAACAUCAUAGAAUGGAGAAAAAGAUUCAAUUAAAUACAUUUAAUCAAAAUUAUAAACAUGAGGAAGAAGAAGAUUCACCAGAAGUUAAAAAAUUGAGAUUUGAAGAAAGAGCUAAACAUUAUUUAAAUUAUAAUCAAGAUAAAAUUAAUCAAUUUAAUAAAAUAAAUGAUAAAUAUAAAUUUAAAAAGAUUAAUAAUAAUGAAUUAUUCCUGAAAUAUCAAGAAUUAUUUGAAAAUCAAAGUUCUGAAGAAUUGAAUAUUUUACUUAUGGAAUUUUCGGAUUUAUUUCCAAAAAAUUCCGAACUACAAAAUCAAUUAAAAUUAAUAAUAACUACAACCACAGAAGAUGAUAAUGAUAAAGAAUCAUUUCCAGUAUUAGGUGGGGCUUCACCAACUAUAUUUAAUCAAAGUUGGGUCCAUUCAUCAGCAAAUAAUUCAACGUCAUCAAUUGAUGAUAAAUUUCCAGCAUUAGUUAAACCAAAGAAAUCAAAAGGAGUACCUCAACAACCUAUUAAAUAUACUACAAUAAAGAAGAGUAUUCCUCAAGGUAAGAAGAAAUUGAAUUUAAUGGAUAUGAAUGUAAAUUACAAACCAAAUUAUCUUGAUAAUGUGAAUAAUUCAAAAUCACCACCACCACCACCACCACCACCAAUUGAUUCAUUACCCGCUUUGGGGAAUAGUAAGAGUAGUAGCUCAUUACCCUUAAGUAAUUCAUCUUCAAUGAACUCAGUUGUUACAAACAGUUCAAAUAAAUCAGUUGAUGAUAAUAAAUUUCCAGCAUUACAGAAGAAGACUAAAAAAGUGGUGAUACCAAGAGUCAAUGAAGUCAAGAUUGAUACUUCAUCAUGGGGGAAACCUCAAAAUACAAAUACAUCAAAUGAGAAUGUUAAUGGAUCUCGUUCAAAUGAAAUUGAGAUUCUAGAUAAAAGAAAACUAAAAUUGAAAAAGAAACAAGAAAAAUUAUUAUUUUCAAAUGGUCAUAUAUAG